AGAUUCGAUGUGUUAUUCAGUUCUUCUUGAACAUCCGACCAGACUUCGCUUGUAUAUCGCAAAAAACGAACUCGAAAAAUAAAUAAUAAACCAUGAAGACUAUCGCAGUUAUCUUUGCUUUCUGCCUCGUCGGUGCUUUGGCACUCACUGAGGAACAAAAAGCCAAACUGACCCAACACAAGAAUGCUUGUAUCACCGAAACCGGAGUUGACGCACAGGUGGUAGAAAAUGCGAAAUCCGGUAACUUUGCUGAGAAUGACGAUAAAUUGGCCUGCUUCUCCUCUUGCAUGUUGAAGAAGAUCGGCAUCAUGGGUGAGGACGGUACCGUGAACCUUGAUGUUGCCAGACAAAGGGCUCCCGCCAAUGUUCCCAAGGAUCAGGUUGAGAGUGUCAUCAACAAGUGCAAAGACAGCGCUACUGGACCAAAUGACUGUAAAAAAGCAGCCAAUUUGGUGAAAUGUUUCGUGGACAACAAAUCCUUCAACGUACUCAACUAAAUUAUUCAUCCAGAAAGAAGAAGCAAUCUAACUACUAAUUGUAAUCUUUUUUAUAAUAAUUCGCACAUCAAUCGGCAGAUACACUUGUAAAUAUAAAUUAUGAAAUAAAUAGUUGACAAUACCUAA